AUGGCUGGUGUCAAGAGAAAGAACAGUAGUUCUGUAACACCUUCUAAGAAGAAGACUAGUUCCGGGAAAAAUGCCUUGUUGACCGAAAAGCAAAUCAAUGAGCUUGCAGAACAAGUGCUGAACAAACAAUACAAUGCCCUUGUAGAGCUCUUGGGCCAAUAUAGUCACAUCAAAGCGGUCCUUUUAAAGUCUGAAAACGACAAGGUGGAGGCCCAGGGCCGUCUCCUCACGGUGGUGCUAUUCAAGUGCUUCCAAAAGCUUUUUUCCGACAACUUAUUGGUGGUGAAGAAGUCUUAUGACGACAAAAAGACAUUGGCCAUCAAAUGGCUUGUAGAGAAGUAUGACGCCUACAAGACUGUUCUCCUUGAAUUCUUGGGAACCGAGCUCCAUUAUGAUACCUCUCUCCAACUUGAUAUGCUUGAUAUCUACUUGAAUUUGAUCAAAUUGGAAACUGAACACAUGAGUGCUGACAAGCAAUAUUUCCCCACUGCCACUUACAAGAGAUUAGUGGAAUCUCUAUUACUUUCCCAAGGGUCUGAUUUCAUUGUGUUGCAAUUUGAAGAAACGUUUAAAACUUGUUGGGAUCUUCAAUUCUAUUUUUUCAAUGGGUUAAGUGAAACUUUACUUGAAUGGAAAGAAUCCAAGGACUCCACCACACUCCAACGGGUGUUCCAGAACUUCCAAGCCUUGGCCUUGACCAGCAAGCUCUUGUUUGACCCAGAAACCCAGGCCGAACAACCCACUUGGUCCGUCAAAGACGGACUUCUCCCCUCUGUAGCAUACAAACCAUCGCAUUUCAAGUCACAAUUCCAAAAGGCCAUCGUGGCAAUCUUAUCGUAUCCCAUGUUGACUGGUCAAUACAAGGCUAUCCUUCUUAUCUUGCACAAGAGAAUCAUCCCUUACAUGGCCCAACCACAGAACUUGAUGGAUUUCUUGACCGACUCCUACAACGUCACCGACGACGAUGUGGUGCCUAUUCUUGCCUUGAACUCGUUGUACGAGCUUAUGAAGCGUUAUAACUUGGAAUAUCCGGAUUUUUAUUCCAAAUUGUAUUCCUUAUUGACCUCUCAAUUGUUGUAUACGCGGUACCGGUCCAGAUUCUUCAGACUUUGUGACUUGUUCCUCACCUCAACACAUUUGUCCUCCAAUUUGGUGGCCUCCUUUAUCAAGAGACUUGCCAGACUUUCUCUUAGAUCUAGUGCUUCUGGUGCUGUCAUUGUGAUCCCAUUUGUAUACAACUUGAUGAAGAGACACCCUGCCUGUAUGGUGAUGUUGCACAGACCAGAUGUUUCUGCCAACGAAUACUCCGACCCAUUCCUCGCCGAUGAACAAGACCCUUUGAAAACAGGGGCCAUCAACUCUUCGUUAUGGGAACUUGAAACUCUCAUGAGUCAUUACCAUCCAAACAUCGCCACUUUGGCCAAGAUUUUCGGCGAACCUUUCCGUAAGCACAGCUAUAACAUGGAAGAUUUCCUUGAUUGGAGUUACAUCACCUUGUUGGACAGUGAAAAGACCAGAAGAUACCGUGCCCCAGCAGCCCUUGAAUUCCAAGAAUGGGAUGGACUCAUGGCCGGUGAAAACUCUUACAUGGAAGGUUGGACUUUUUAG